AUGGUGACCGAACGCGACACGAUCAAUGUCGCGUCGGAUGAGGAAGAGAGGGAUGGUGGUGAGAGGCGACAACUUCGACCGAGGCCCAAGCCGAGCAACAAAGCCAUCGGCAAUCGAGCCACCGACAACGAAGCCAUCGAAGAUGAAGCUAUCGACAAUCAAGCAACCGACAAUGCGACCGAUGAUGCGGAAGUCACGAAGCGAAGAACCAAAGGGCGCGGUACCAAAUCGACGGUGCGACGACCAAUUUCCGGGACCAACGGGGGGCAGCUGGACGGAAGGGCGUUGCUACGCGAUAUGCAGAAACAGCUGGAACGACAGACAUCCAUCCUCGAACAAGUCCUAGGAGAGUCUCAGGCGCAGGCAGCACGAAUUGAAGAGCUCCAAAACCAAGUCAACGAGCUAAAGGAAGCCCAACAUGCGACUACGACCGAGGUCCAGGCUUUACGUGAAAGCAUCGUAGCAAGCACGGCAACGGCAGCAGAGCAGCGCAGAGCCGAAGCUUCGUAUGCAGACGUCGCCCGAAUGUCACCGACCAGCAAUGCGAGGCCGUCUACCACGGUAGCACCACCGACCCAAGCAGACACGCUCUUCUGCACGAUCGACUUGUCGAGAAUCGAGAACGAACAAGAUGAACAGCUCACACCGGGCGCUGUUCGUAUCCUCACGGAAGACAAGGUUAGGGCAGAGCAAGGUCAGGAUAACUGGCGGUGCCUCGCCGUGACCAAAGACUCCAAGAAGUCCCGAAUCAGAAUCGCCUGCAGAAACGAGGAGGAACUCAAGCUGGUCAAGCGCGUGGUGGAAUCCAAGUUACCCCGAGAAGCUAGAAUGCUACGAGACGACCUCUACCGCGUUAAAGUCAACUAUGUAAAACGCACGGUGGUCCUGGACGAGAAAGACAAAAUCCGCAUCGACAUCGCCAAACAGAUCGGCCAAGAAAACAACGUUCAGAUUGCGAAAAUAAGCUGGCUCAGCAUCAACGGUCCUCCAAAAGAAUACGGCUCCAUGGCUGUUUACCUCACCAAGGCGUCAGAUGCGGAGAAGCUGUUGACGGACAGAUUCAUGUACGCCGGGGGAGAGUCUGGACGGACCGAAGUCUGGGAACACCGAGUCCGCCCUGACCAGUGCUACAACUGCCAGCAGGUCGGGACCGGCCACAGAGCCUACCAGUGCAGCCGGCCCCAAGUUUGCGGGGGAUGCGCCAGAGAAGGUCACCACCACAGCACUUGCGAUGAGGCCAUCCUCAAAUGCGUCCCCUGCGGAGGUCCCUAUGCGUCGUUCAGCAGAAAUACCCUCAAUACGGCGAGGCGUCAACUACGCGUAGAGAGGCGACUGCCCGACAGCGUUGGAAAGCUCUCCAAGGAAGGGAAGGCAUACAUAUGUAGGUAA